GUUAUAUCCCUGUUUGCGAUUUGAUUCCGUUUGUUGACCAUCUGAUCGUUAGUAACAUGGCAGAGAAGACAAGGACGCCGAUCAUCAUUGACACCGAUCCUGGCGUGGACGACACUGUAGCUAUGGAUGUCCUGCUUGCUAUUACAUCCCCUGAACUCGAAAUCCUUGCAUAUAUCAUUUCAUUCGGUCCCGACAACAUCUACAAGCUUUACCAGGCGAUAGGGCGCCACAUUGCGCUACACCCUGAAGAUGCCGCGAGGUUUCCGAAUUUUUCACCCAUAGUCCCGCCCCUCCUUGUAGUCGGACCAGAAGGACCCUUAGAAGGUGGACGGCACUUUGCUCAAUACUUCCAUGGCCGUGAUGGUUUAUCGGAUAUAAACGAACGUCACCCUGAGUUGAAUAUUGACUUCGGAAGUUCAUCUUUCUCCCACAAUUUUCAACCGGUGAAAGAAUCAAGUGUCGAAGUGGCCUUGCGUUUACUGGAGUCACGUCCCGACAGAAGCAUCACAUAUGUGGUCCUGGGUCCGAUGACCAACUUGGCACAACUUGUGCGCCAACACCGUCAAACAGUUAUGGAUAAAAUUGGUCGAGUGAUUGCCAUGGCAGGAGCUUUAGAUGUUCCCGGAAAUACUACUUCGGUCGCAGAAUGUAAGCAUUAUGUUUUUGCCGAUCCUUACGCGGCAAAAGAACUUCUAGUACCAACGGAUCCCACCAGUGGUCUCCCGCUUGACAGAGUACACGAACUCCCCUUCCCGUUUAUUGCCCAAAAGGUAGACCCUGCGUUUAAGUCUGCAGCCCAACCGUCGAAUGCAGAUGGUAAAUCACCCCUUGUUCAUUUCACCAGCUCUUUUUCGAACGCACGAGGGAAAUCAUGCUCGAGUGGGGAAAAGGAUGCACUAGAGUUGCAUGACAUUGUGGACCAUUUGGCCUUUUUUUUUCGGUGCGCAAACUCGAGACCACCACCCCUGCAAUCAAUGCCAGUUGGCGGGCUGCUUCCUGGAAUGUCCACCGGAUGGGCUGUAGCCGAACGAACAUUCGAUAUUGAACGGACCGGAGAAAUUACUCGUGGCAUGUUUGUCACUGACCGAAGAGAGGAGAAUACUGCAUAUGCACCUGGUGCCAAUCGGGCAGAAGUCCAAGCUCAGCUAGACCUGCGCCAUCUCGGGCACGGGCUCCUCGAGUCUACCGCGUUGCCUGCGAGAAAUCAGAAACUCUGGUUGAUGAUUGUCGCGACUAUGGGCGUGUGUCAGAUCAUCGAUCAUCUAUCACGCGCUGCAAUUCGUUUCGUUUCGUCGAUCGUGGGCAGAUCCCUGGAUGCUUAAAG